AUGGCGGGGCUUUUCCGGAAGGUAUACGACUGGCUGUUAAGGACGUUCUGGGCGACAGAGAUGGAUGUGACGAUGAUCGGACUUCAAAAUGCGGGUAAAACGUCUCUGCUCCGCGUCCUUGCAGGCGGCGAGUUCACGAUCGACUCGAUCCCGACGGUCGGAUUCAACAUGAAGCGGGUGCAACGAGGACACGUUACACUGAAGUGUUGGGAUAUUGGUGGCCAGCCCCGGUUUCGAACGAUGUGGGAGAGAUACUGCCGUGGCGUCAACGCUAUCGUCUUCAUCGUCGACAUCGCCGAUAUGGAUUUGCUGCAGCAAGCCCGCGAGGAGCUCCAUGCUCUCAUGGGCCAAGCUUCCCUGAGAGAAAUCCCACUCCUUGUGUUAGGAAACAAAUCGGACCUUCCGCAGAAGUUAUCGGUGGACGAGCUGAUUGAUGCGCUUGACCUCAAGUCCAUAGGCCACCGCGAGGUCUGCUGCUACGGCAUCAGCGCCAAGGAGGAGACCAACUUGGAUGCUGUGCUGCAGUGGCUCAUGAAGUGGGCGAACAGAUGA